UGCAAAUGUGUGCUAGAAAGAGAGAUCACUCCUUGACCUGUUACCGCUACCCUCCAGUAAAUCGAUCCGCCCAUCCCGAGUCUAGAUUGGGCUGGGUAGGGGCAGCGAUUCCGGGUGGGGGCUUGCCGCAUGCCUUGUCUAUUCGCCCGCCAGACAUGAUUCUUUCCUAGUCGUGGUGUCCCGCUGCAUGUGUUUGCAGGAGCGAAGGCGUUGGUUCAGUUCAGUCGAGUCGAGUCGAGCAGCAGGCAGGACUGGUUGUUGAUUGAUCUAGCAGCUUGGGAGUAGUUUGUAGCGAGCGAACCUUUGCACGGAGUUCUUAAAUGGGAGCUGUGAAUGACUGUGAUGAUCGAUAAUCCGCCUCGUACGGUGUCCGAGUUCUCAAUCAUCUGAGAAUCUCUUGAUCAGAGAUUGAGCUUAUGAGCAUGUUGGAUAGUAUCGAUUCGUAGAUUCUUAUUAGUGCAAUCAAUUCUGGCGACUUCGUCAAUUAGGCUCCAGAGCGCGCUAACUCAGUGCAGGGAAAAGAAAAAAAACAAUGGCUGUUGUGGCUUGCACUUGAGGGUGAGUUGUGGGGAAGAAAGGGAAGGGGGAGGGAGUAGCCGUCGUUUUGAUGCACUACUUGUGGGGGUUAUGGGCUAAGCCAGUCCAUCCUCACUGGAAACGAACAGGGAAGAAGAUUUAUACGAGAUUUAAGCUUCUGGUGCUUGGAGUGCUGGAAUAGGGGAUCCCAAUGAUGCUCUGAGUAUUGCAUGCAAUGGGGAGAAUCAGGGUUGAGAGUGGACGUCGCGAAGUGGUUGUGACAGAGAUGCUGCGGAGCUCAGUGUGCGGAUGGAAGGACUUGAUAUUGAUGCCAGUGAAGAAAUUUGUGACUACAGAAGCAUUGCGCACAUGGGUUUGGACGUUGUUGUUUGCGGCCUCGAUGGCUAUGGCACAUGUGAACGGAGAGGCGACAUUGAACAGCCGUGAUACUGGCAUGGACUCCAACUACUCACCGGUGUGGCCGCAACCGCACAAGCUGGAAGCGGAGGGUUUUCUUGCGAGUCAGUGGCGUGGUAUGGGGGCGGAGGUCGUGGGGAGUUUGUUCUCUUUGCUUUGCAUCUUCAUCGUGGGUGUUACGACAGGCUUGUGUUGGAAGGCAAACCAGAGAGGGGUGCCGGAUGGUAGCAUGGGGAGGGAGAUUGUGGUUGUGGACCCUCCGAAGCCACUUACCCCCGCGCUCAUGUCAUGUACCAGCAACAGCCCGCGGUUGCUUCGAACUUCGACCGUAGGCGUCGUGAGGAAGUAUACCGUGACUGACAUCGAGGUCAUGACAAAUAAUUUUCGGCAGGAGCUUGGGAAAGGUGGCCAAGGGGUAGUCUACUUUGCGAGGUCGCUCCCGGACGAGCCAAUCGAGCGGCCGCUGGCAGUGAAGCGGCUGCAAAAGGGCACCAAUGUGUUGCUUCAGAACUUGGACAAUCCCACCCAGGAGGAAAUAGAGAAGGAGUUCUGGGCGGAGCUGAACGUGAUCUCCCGCCUGCACCAUCGCAACCUUGUGGCGCUCCUUGGUUUCUGUAUCGAGGGAGAUGAUUUGUUUCUGGUAUAUGAGUAUAUGGCGAAUGGCUCCCUCGAUCAGCACCUGCACAAAAGCCCUGACCGUGAAGAUGGGUCAACUGCGUUUAAUUGGAGAGCUCGCAUGCGCUGCGCGGCUGAGGUAGCGCAAGGACUAGACUACCUUCACAGCCAUGCGAACCCGUCGCUGGUGCACAGAGACAUCAAGUCAGGGAACAUUUUGUUCGAUGACGAGAUGCAAGCGAAGAUUGCAGAUUUCGGGCUGAGUAAGCCGCUCCUGCCUGACCAUCCAGUGACGGUGUCAACGCGUGUGCGGGGCACUCAUGGCUAUGUCGACCCUGUGUAUUUGAUCAAUGGUACGCCGUGCGACAAGAAUGACGUUUACAGCUUCGGGGUCGUGCUUUUGGAGCUCAUUACUGGCCGGCGUGCCAUCCAACAACGAGUCAGCGUGGUCACUUGGUGCAAGGACUUUCUUAACAUUGAGGAGACCGUGAUGAGGCAUUUGCUCCCCCGCAUGGUUGACAGCCGAAUUAGCCCUCUCGACGUCUCCUAUGACCAGCUCUACGAAGUGGUGAAAGUUGCUCAAAUGUGCGUCGACGAGCGGCAAGAGAAUCGCCCUAGCAUGAAAGACGUGGUCGUGUGGUUGCAUAACGCCCAUUGCAAGGAGUACUCCAGCUCUGAAUGCAGCAGCCUCGAUACUUCGUUGGAUUCUACUUUCAGCAAUGGCUCCACUUUCAGCUCCUUCAACGAUCGUCCAAGACUCCAUCAAUCUAUUUUCGCCCGGAAUAGCAGCGGGUUGCCUUCGUAUGAGAUCCGAGAUAAUACGAUCAUUGUAAAGUGCACUGUGGGAAAUAACCAGAGGAUCUCGUUACGGUGUAAAAUCUGGCCGACACAGAAAAACUUCGGGUUGAAUAAGAUCGAGGCAACCCUAAACGGCGCUUUCCUGUGGAAGAAGGGCCUAUGGUUUUACAAUGCGAAGAGCAGCCGCGAAUUCACAAUAGAUGAUGAGAUAAAACUGAUCGCUGAGUGGCACGUUACGCUGAGAACUCCUCCCAUACUCAGUAAACACCCUCUUCCUUCGCACGAUCCUCGGAGAAGCCAAGGUCCAUUUUGUGUAGAAUAUCUUGCACUCAAGGAUGAGAACGGGAGAGUUCUUAUAGAGUAUGAGGGUGACAAGUCGCCCCUUCCAGAAGAUUCGAACUCCAAUUCGGCUUCGAGAAGGAAGAGCUCUUUCAGGGGUGGACACAGGAGAGAGACGUGGGAACCCAAUGCAGAUGGUCUUACUGCAUCAAACCAGACCGGUGCAAUAGUGUGUUGUGCCGCGCCUUGGGCUUAGCAAUAGGACGAGCUCUGUGCCUAGGCACACCAGAACGAGGUCGGGAUCGGGGUCGGGUUCAGCAGGACGCCGAAGCAUGAGCAACCGCAAGCAAAUGGUCGCAAGGCGGAAUUCAACCGGCAUGCCCCAGUUCUUCUGAGACAUUUUCAACUAGUUUCUUCCAAGAUUUUAACCGUAAACUAGUCGGAAAUAUGAUGAAAGUUGCCACCACCUGAGCACGCCCCUGCAAACGGCCUGUCUGCUAUGUCGUCAUGCCUGCUACCGGAGAACCAUGAAGAACCAAAUCUCCGAACCAGUGUUUUUUUUCUUAACACUCUCGAUCGGAAUUUUCCCAGAACAGGCCAACACAUCCCAUUCGGUGCGAACAAUAAACAAGCACAAGCACUAGCUUGAUCACGCAUUGACAUAGCAAGGUUUGCAUGGGCAUGAAAACUGCUACUGAUGCUGGUGCAUAUUCUCAGGAAAUGGAUGUAGAGUUCAUCGCAGCCACCUCACGCUUCAUUGAUAGUUUCUCAGAGAUAGUAAGUGUACAGUCGGUUCGUGUCCUAGUAUCAUCGAAGUUGUACAUAUGAGAAGGCCUCAGCAAGUAGAGGCGAUCUCGAGGCAUCCAUUUUUACACACCCGCAGAUUACUCGAAAGUAAAUGUACUGCGUUGAACUGUUCUCGAAUUUUGCUCCAUUGCUCAACA